AUGGCUGAAUCCCAUCCACCCCUUCCGGUCCAAGGCGAUCUAGAGGCUGGCCAGGCGCUCCCAGUCAAAGCUAAUUUUGAUUGGCCGGCUCAGAUAUUGUCGUCGGACGAAUAUCCUCGCGUGGACUGGAUGAGCUACUUCAACUUUGAGUGUGCUUCCCUCGAUGACGAUGGUUUUGGCUCCUUGAACCAGUGGGCCGCCGCCGAACCGGCCCGCGACAAAAUGAGCGGUAGAUCUCCCUCUGGCGUCGGGCGCAGGGACGAUGUCUUCAUGAUCACCAAUCCAGAUCUUGUCCCUAUUCGAGACACUGCCCGGGGCAUCAAGCCUCUGCAUCCAGGCGAUGUUCAGCCCAGUGUCAAUUCGUCUAGCAGCAACUAUCAUCUUGUGGUGGAUGAUGUUGACACUGCAGAUGUUGCCUGCCUGAGUCACGACGUCCAGCCCGCCUCCUCUCUCAGCGUCCCAUGCCCAGGCUUGCAUAAUAAUGCUCCCGCCACCGAUCUUCCCGACAGUCUCACCCCGAAGGAUGACGAAGGCAUAGCCAGCCACCACGCCACUAACUGUUAUACUCCCGAGAGCAACUAUACCCUUGGUCGGAUAGGCAAGCACAAUGUCGUCAUUGUGGUACUGCCGCACUGGGAGUACGGGCUCGUAAAUGCUGCGAACGUUGCUAGGGAUAUGAUACGCAGCUUUCCAAAUCUCAGAGUUGGCCUCAUGGUUGGCAUCGGCGGUGGUGCUCCGGCCAAGCACGAUAUCCGCCUGGGGGACGUCGUCGUCAGUUCUGCUGGCUAUGGGCAUGGCGGCGUGUACCAGUACGACUACGGGAAGACUAUCCAGAACAAGGCCUUCGUUCCCACGGGGUUUUUGAACAAGCCACCAACAUUCAUAAUGGCUGCAGCGGCCGCACUUAACGCUACUUAUCGGAUGAAGGGACACCAGCUCAAGAAAGCAAUUGAGAGCGCCCUUGAUCGAUUUCCAAGGCUGCAACAUGAGUUUCGACAACCAAACGCUAGCACGGACCGGCUUUACAAACCUGAAAUCCUCCAUACCGCUAGAGACGACGAGGACUGCUUGGCUGCUUGCGGAGACGACGAGUCGAAACUGACUAUCCGACGUGCACGAUCGGCAGACGACGAUGAUCCCGUCAUACACUACGGCCUUAUUGCUUCCGCCAAUCAACUCAUGAAGGACGCCUCAAUUCGCGAUAAGAUUUCGAUCGAGAAGGACGUGCUGUGCUUCGAGAUGGAAGCUGCUGAACUGAUGAAUCAAUUCCCCUUCCUGGUUGUCUGUGGUAUUUGCGACUAUGCUGAUAGUCACAAGAACUUGCUUUGGCAAGGCUACGCUGCAAUGACAGCAGCCGCGUACACUCGCGAUCUCCUCCACAGGAUCGCACCAAACAAGGUGGAGGCCGAGAAAAAACUGGGCGAUAUCUUGUUAGAUAAUUAG